AGAUUAAGGCGGUGUGGUUGGCUGAAUGCACCUCCUCUUGUCUGUGCUCAUGGUGGUGACUCAACCAAUGCCUUCCCUAACACGAUGGAUGCUUAUCAUUUUGCUCUUCAUUCUCAAGUAGACUGCAUUGAGAUUGAUGUUUCUCGUUCUUCAGAUAGAGUUUUAUUUGCUCUCCAUGACAGGGAUUUGCAGCGAAUAUCUGGCAAUAAUACUUCUAAAGUUGGACAUUUCAGCAUGAAAGAGAUCAAAGAACUAGGAGUCUUUCAGCAGUCUCUGCAAAAGUUUCAAGAUCAAAUAAUUCCUACCGUCGAGGAUGCUUUAACGUUGAUAUCAGGUUCAGUUAAGCAGGUGAUUUUGGACGCAAAAGUCGGGCCUCCAUUGUAUGAAAAGGGGCUUGCCAAGGAUAUUCUAUCUGUUGUUGAGAAAACUCAGUGUAAGAACUGCAUUAUCUGGGCUAAAAGUGACACUUUAAUAAGGGAGGUAAUCAAGCUAUCAUCAGAUAUUGAAGUUGGCUACAUUGUUAUGGUAGAUCCUUCUACUAGGGUUAGAACCAACCUAUUGAGGAUGAAAGGAGCUGGAGUUGUUGGUAUCUACCAUCCAUUAAUUGAUGAAAGGACCAUGCGAAUUCUUCAUGGGAGAAGUAAAAAGGUAUAUGCAUGGACUGUGGAUGAUGUGGAUUCCAUGCAAAAUAUGUUGCACGAGCGUGUCGAUGCUGUUGUUACGAGUAAUCCCACAUUACUUCAAAGUCUUUUGCAAAAUACCAGAACACAGUGUUUGGAGGAGGGGUUUUCUUUAACAAAAUGAAUCUUGGUUUGUUUGAAUCAUCUAAAGGCCAGGCUUUUUUUGCUUUUUUGGUCGUCUUCAUAUGUCUGCAUCUUAUUUGGUUGAGCUCAUUGCAGUGAAUAGCCAUAUCUUGAUGAUACUCAUCUUUGAACACUAUUUGUGGACAUCAAAUUGAUAUAAGCUCUUUUCUUAUGGGAAAUGAAUAUAACUAUGCAAACGUUUUUCAAAA